AUGAAUACCAAAUUACAUAGCCUGUAUACCAAAUUACAUAGCCUGUAUACCAGAUUACAUAGCCUGUAUACCAAAUUACAUAGCUAUGUAUACUAUUUGCAGAAUGUGAUAAGCUCCAGUGGUGGCACCAGCCUCCCAGGACUGGGGGUACAAGUAGGGGGCAGGGCAGACUGA